GAGCCUUAAAGCCAGCAGUCACAAUAAAAUAAAAAUAAAUUAAAAAUAAUGUUUGUUUUGUUGCGAUUUGUGAUCUGAUAGAAUAUAAUUUUUAAAUUUUUACAAAAUACAAAUUAUAAAUUAGAAGCUAUAAAUAAUUCCUCCUCACAGUAUGGUAUAAUCAGCUGUGAUGGAGUGCCAAUAAGCCAAUAACCUUCACCCAUUGUUAUCGGAACCUUGGAUAGCAAUUUCCUUUGUUCCCGAGUGUGAAUAAGUGAGGAAAACAAAAUGAAUCGAAAUCUAGUGCCAUUUGUCCUAUUAUUCCUCGUCCAUCUCUGUUCGACUUACAAGCCUGUGGUUUUAAUUCAUGGUAUUAUGACUGGCAGUGGCAGUAUGGAAAUGAUCAGCCGUCGAAUCCAGGAGAAACACCCUGGUACAAAAGUGUACAAUGUGAACAGGUUUGAGAGUUGGUCCAGCUUGGAGACCAUGUGGCACCAGGUGCUCGAGAUUGGGUUGGAUGUAGCCAACAUCUCCAGUCAGCAUCCAGAUGGAAUCAAUCUCAUAGGGUAUUCCCAAGGUGGUUUGGUUGCGAGGGGCAUUGUGCAGACAUUUGCUAAUGUUUCUGUUAGUACUUUCAUAUCACUUAGUUCACCUCAAGCUGGACAAUAUGGAGCUGGCUUUCUCCACGUUAUCUUCCCUGGUUUAGUGAAGGAGUCGGCAUAUGAACUAUUCUAUUCUCGGGUUGGACAACACACGUCAGUUGGCAACUACUGGAAGGAUCCAUAUCACCAGACUCUAUAUGAGUCUUACAGUGUGUACUUGCCCUAUAUCAAUAACCACAUACAAUCAGCGAAAUCGGAAGAUUUCAAAAACAAUUUGCUGCGACUGAAGAGAUUAGUGCUUAUUGGCGGACCGGACGACCAAGUCAUUACACCUUGGCAGAGCAGCCAAUUCGGUUACUACGACACCAACGACACAGUGGUAGAGAUGCGCGACCAGGACAUCUACCAGACUGACCGCAUUGGCUUGCGCGCGCUGGACGAGAGCGGCCGGCUGCACGUGGUCACCGUGCCCGGCGUCAACCACUUCAACUGGCACAUGAACGUGAGCAUCGUUGACGACUGCCUGCUGCCUUACUUGGACUGAGGGUUCUAGCAAUUUUUGCCCAAGAUUUUUGCAAUAUUCUCUCAAAAUUUGCCCAAUAUUCUUGUAAUUUUGCCCAAUAUUAUUUCCAUUUUGCCCAAUAUUCUUGCAAUUUUUCCCAAUAUUCAUGCAAUUUUGUUCAAUAUCCUUGAUAUUUUAGCCGAUAUUCUCACAAUUUUACCCAAUAAUAUUCUUACUAUAAUUGCAAAUAGACAAAAAAGACAUAGUGCUAUAGAUGCGCGACCAGGACAUCUACCAGACAGACCGUAUUGGCUUGCGCGCGCUGGACGAGAGCGGCCGGCUGCACGUGGUCACCGUGCGCGGCGUCAACCACUUCAACUGGCACAUGAACGUGAGCAUCGUUGACGACUGUCUGCUGCCUUACUUGGAUUAAGGCUACUAGCAAUUUUUGCAAUAUUCCCCAAUACUCCUUCAAAAUUGCACAAUAUUCUUGUAAUUUUGCCCAAUAUUCUUGUAAUUUUUUCCAAUAUUCCUGCAAUUUUGUUCAAUAUCCUUGAUAUUUUAGCCGAUAUUCUCGCAAUUUUACACAAUAAUAUUCUUACUAUAAUUGCAAAUAGACAAAAAAGACAUAGUGAUAGAGAUGUGCAACUAGGACAUCUACCAGACAGACCGUAUUGGCUUGCGCGCGCUGGACGAGAGCGGCCGGCUGCACGUGGUCACCGUGCCCACUUUUCCUUACAGUUUUGCCCAAUAUCCUUGCCAUUUUACCCAAUAUUCUAGAAAUUUUACCCAAUCUUGGAAUUUUUCGCGAAGAAAAAUCUACGCCCCUUCACCUCGCGAAAUGUAUGCUUUCCUCUACACGUUAAUUACACUACUUGUGUCUAGGUCUGCUUUUAAAAGUUCCUGAAGCACAGGCUACUAUUGAAAAAAAUAUUGUUAGAAGAAAGAAAAUUUCAAUAUUUCAGGAUUUUUUUUAUUUAUUUUAGUAAAGUGGACGUCUAUUAAAUUUUAUUAAAAACUACGAAUUUAAAAGCCAAAUAUAAUAAAGUAUUUUUAUAAGAAUUUAAUUUACCAGCUUAGUACAAACAAAUCAGUUCAAAUGCUUAUUAAUAUUUUUUAAACCAAAAUUGAGGCUAUAACAAAUAAUGACAUAAUAUAUAUUUGGUUUAAUAUUAUAGUUAAAAAUCCUAAGCCAAGUACUGCUCAUUUAAUGUAAUAUUUUACUAAUUAAAUGUAAUUUUAAUUAAUUCAUAAGUUUGUAGUCAAAAUGCGUUUAAUCUCACAUGUGUUUAAUCACAAUAAAGCAGAAUUAUUUAAUUUUUAUAUAUCAAAUAAUAAUAAUUAGUAGUUAUUUUGCAGUAAUUAAUAAUUAUUGUAUUCAAAAUACUGUACCAGUGUAUGUGCAUGAUAUUUUUAGAAUAAGUAGUAAUUUUUUUUUAAUUUUAAGCUGAAAACACAAAAUAUAAUAAUUAUGAUUAUCGCGUAUUUUCUAUUUUUAUGAAAUUCAUAAAAAAAUACGCGUGACUUUGUAGGAGUCAGCAUGACGUGUUGCACAUUAAAGUAAUUUAACCCAAUAAAUUAAUUAAAUUUAUUAUUUUUAAUGAAUUAAUUUGUCGAGUAUUUUACCAAAAAUGUAUUUAUUCAUUGUGUAUGCGAUAUUUUUAGAUAUUUAAAAUUUCAAUACUUUUAAGAAUUAAUAUUUGAAUCUCCUAAGAGUGAACAAAUUGUCUGAUAUCGAAUCUCUUGGCUUAAAGAUAAAGUAGCAUUUUUCCCUUCAAUAUCUAGAAAGUAUAGUUUUACAAGCAAGUCAGAUGAAAAUCACGUUGAACAAGUUAUUACGUUAUUAAAUGUAUAAUUCCUACUUAUUCAUUCUAUUAAAAGAUAUUUGGAUAUUCGUAUUAUCUAUACAUAUAAUUUCACAACUGUAGAUAAGUUUCGGUUUGGGUUUUUUAUCGACUUUACAACUUUCUAUUGCAUGACAUCAUAGUUCAGGUAUUAAAUAAUAAUAUUAUGAAAUGGUUUGUACUUCCAAAAAUUAUUUAGCGUAUUUAAAUAAAAACAUAUUGAAAGGUUUAUGCUUUAGUUUUAAUUGGUUUUACUAAAAGCAUAAUUACAUUUUUUAAUUGAUGUGGUUCUACAAUUUAUCCGAUACAUUGCGUGGUUUAUAAAUAAUUUACCCGAUUUUUAAACCUUCCUUACUAAUAGUUACUGAGAUAUUUGUAUUCUAAUGCAAACGCUUUAGAUAAGUGCGUAUAUAAAUCUCAUUAGACAUAAUAUAAUGUAUACCUUAGAUAUAAAAACGCAUGGCUGUUAACAAUACCUAUAAUAAUUGUGUUGUGUCAUAUAUGUAUAUCUACCUAUUAUUUUGUGUAAAUAUACGUUUUAUACUUUGUGUA